UCUAAGCGCGCGCGCCUGCCUUUUAGAAUUUUUUUUUGUUGUUGCUAAAAUCUUCUCAGCCUUUACCAUCUUCUCGCUUUUUUGAGCGAAUUUUUAUCAUCUUUACCUCUAUCAUCCAAAAAUACAACAAGGACUUUUCACAUCAUGUCCGCCGAAAUCCCAGCUGCGUCUGAUGACGUUUACCAAGGUGCCAUCGGUAUCGAUUUGGGUACCACUUACUCUUGUGUCGGUUGGUGGACCAACGAACGUGUGGAAAUCAUUGCCAAUGACCAAGGUAACCGUACCACACCUUCAUACGUCGCUUUCACCGAAUCUGAACGUUUGAUCGGUGAUGCAGCAAAGAACCAAGCCGCAAUGAACCCUCGUCAAACCGUUUUCGAUGCAAAACGUUUGAUCGGACGUCGUUUUGAUGACCCAGAAGUGAAGAAGGAUAUGACAAACUGGCCUUUCACCGUCGUCGACAAAGAAGGAAGCCCAUUCAUUGAAGUCGAUUACUUGGGUGAAAAGAAGCAAUUCUCUCCUCAAGAAAUCUCUGCAAUGGUUUUGACCAAAAUGAAGGAAAUUGCUGAAGCAAAAAUCGGCAAAGAAGUUAAGAAGGCAGUCGUCACAGUUCCCGCAUACUUCAACGACUCCCAACGUUUGGCAACCAAAGAUGCAGGAACCAUCUCUGGACUUGAAGUCUUGCGUAUCAUCAACGAACCUACCGCUGCCGCCAUUGCUUACGGUUUGGACAGCAAAUCCGCAACCGAGAAGAACGUUUUGAUUUUCGAUUUGGGAGGUGGUACUUUCGAUGUUUCAUUGUUGAACAUCACCGGUGGUGUUUUCGCCGUCAAGGCAACUGCAGGUGACACUCACUUGGGUGGUGAAGACUUUGACAACUCUCUGUUGGACCACUUCAAGAAGGAGUUCGAACGUAAGCACAAGGCUGACAUCUCUGGUGACCCACGUGCAACCCGUCGUCUCCGUUCCGCAUGUGAACGUGCUAAGCGUACUUUGUCCAGUGUUACACAAACCACCGUCGAAGUUGACUCUUUGUUCAACGGUGUUGACUUCCAAGCAAACAUCACCCGUGCACGUUUCGAAGAGAUUAACGCUGCCGCAUUCAAGAGCACUUUGGACCCCGUCCAAAAGGUCUUGAAGGAUGCCAAGAUGGCCGCCGAAAAGGUUGACGAUAUCGUCUUGGUCGGUGGAUCUACCCGUAUCCCCAAGAUCCAAUCUCUCGUUUCCGAAUUGUUCGGUGGACGUCAAUUGAACAAAUCUAUCAACCCUGACGAAGCUGUCGCAUACGGUGCUGCCGUUCAAGCUGCUGUUUUGACCAACCAAACCAGCGACAAGACUGCUGAUCUUUUGUUGUUGGAUGUCGCUCCUCUCUCUCUCGGUGUUGCUAUGCAAGGUGACGUUUUCGGUGUCGUUGUUCCCCGUAACACUCCAAUCCCAUGCUCCAAGACCCGUACAUUCACAACUGUCGAAGACAACCAACAACAAGUCACUUUCCCCGUUUACGAAGGAGAGCGUACUCAAUGCAAGGAAAACAAAUUGUUGGGUGAAUUCGAAUUGACUGGUAUCCCACCAAUGCCAAAGGGUCAAGCUGAAUUGAUCUGCACAUUCGACGUUACAUCUGACGGUCUUUUGCGUGUUUCCGCUCAAGAACGUACAUCUGGACGCAAGGCAAACAUCACAAUCACCAACUCUGUCGGUCGUUUGUCAUCCACUGAAAUCGAACAAAUGAUCAAGGAUUCCGAACAAUUCAAGGCAUCCGACAAAGAAUUCCAAGCCCGUCACGAUGCUCGUCAAGAAUUGAGCCAAUACGCCGAAAAUGUUGAAAGCACGAUCAGCGGACCAAACGUUAACAUGAAGCGUAACUUGAAGGUUCAAGUUGAACAAGAAUUGGCCAAGGCUUUGGAAUUGCUUGAAACUGAAGAUGCAUCUGCAGAUGAUUACCGUCGUUCAUCUUUGCGUCUCAAGCGGGCCGUUCAAAAGGGUAUGGCCGGUGCCACAAGAUAAAUUGUUGGAAAAAGCUACAUGUAUAUUGCCUCUUUAUCGUACGGUCUUGUCAUUAACCAAAAAAAUGCUGUAAAUGGUGGGCAAACUCGAA